CCUCUCUCCUCUCUCCUACUCAAUCUUUCUCCUCUCUUACUAUUUUUUCCCUCUUGAGCUUGCCCAACCGGGCUUCAAGCUAAACCAUGGUUAGGCUUGGGCUGGAUUUUGGAAGAAAAAAAAAAAUUGGGCCUCAGCCCAUCCCUAAGCUCGAGAUUUUUUCCUGGCAGAUCAGAGUUGCGAAAAAACCUAACCAGAAUCUAGUUCUACUUGCCAAAUGCCUCCCCUCCUCUUCUUUACCCUCUCACUCACCACCACGUUCUCCUUCCCUUCCUCUUUAUAAGGUUGGCCCUCUCUCGAGUUGCACGGACACUGCCUCCCUCCCUCACCUCUACUUUCACCACUUCGGCACCUCCAUGAAUACCAUUACUCUCUCCUGCAGACUCCAUGCCGCUCUCCUCCACACCCAUUGCAUGAACUGACCCACCUUUGCCUAUAUCUACAUUUGAACCGUCAACAAUGACUUCCCUGUAGCAUCUUGUGUCUCAUCUUCAACCUCACAUCCACUUUUUUACUGCCCUUUAGGACACCAUCCUUACUUACGGGUUUCACUGCAACUUUCCCAACAAUGGCAUCACUCCUUUCUUCGGCAGCCUCCUAUACGAUAUUGAACUAACGUCGGGUGUUAUAUCUAAUUUUGGGUGUUAUAGUCCAAGGAGAGCUAAGUGUGAACCGGAUUUAAAAUUAUUCGAGCUUUUAUUGCAAAAUUAAGUAUAAAGUGGAAUUUUUAACAAAAUUCAUGACUUAAAAAUAACUUUUUUAUUGCUGACUUUGUAUGACGUUUGUGAUUGAGAGACUUUUAAUUGAUAUAAGAAGUUUGAUCUAGGAUGAAUCAAUAGUUUCUUCAACGAUGGAAUACAAAUCUUCGCUCUACCCUCUUCCAUCCAUGCUUCUCCUCCAUCUUCUUGAAUUCAUCAUGAUCACCUUCAAUUUUCUUUUUAUCUUCUCCAUGUACAAGCCCAUCUUUUUCUAUUAUCGAUGGUGGCAACGGUCGUGACUAUUGGGCCUGGGCCGCUAGAUGGGCCUUUCCACCCAUGCUGGCAGGCCAUCUGGACGCCACGACCUUCUGCCAGGCGGACGGAAUGAUAGAUGCUCGACCGCGGAAGCGGUGCCGCUGAACGCAGCGACCACCGCCUAAGAAGCCCCCAAAAUCUCCUAUUUAUGGAUCUCACCGGUCUCCUCCUUCUUGCUCAGGGGGUCCUUGAACUAGGGAAGCCGGAGCGAGGAUUGUUGCAGUCCAUUCCCGGAGCACGGUAUAGAGAAUUUGACGGAUGAGAUUAAGGUUGUGGAAGCGAAUCGAGGGUGCUAGGAGCAUAGAGUCUAAAGAUUUUUGGGUGGAAACAUUUAUUUUGGAUGUAGGGCUAUGUGGUAUUCUAUUUUGAAAAGAUACUUAUGAAUGAAAUGACAUUUUGGUUUAUAAAUUGUUACUAACGAGGUGCGGUGUCAUUGAGAGCAGUAACUUGCAGUAGCACGUGUCGCAGUCUUGAUCCGGGAUGUGACAACGAUGGUUGCAGCAGAUCAUCCUCUUGUUAUGACUACCAACACCAACUUCAAUUUGCUCCACAGAUCUAAGAUGAUCUUCUUAUCCUAUGACAUCAAAAUUUCUGCGUCUACAUCUUACUACUCUUGAUUUAAUAAUAUUACAUUUCUUAUGCGUACGCAAUAUUCUAUUAAAAUUUCAGAGAAGGCUCUAAGGCGCCUCAGUAUAGGUUUUUCAAAUUUAAUAAAUUCUAAAAUAGUCUACCAUACCAAGGGAAUAUUUGGUUGUCUUGAAAAGGUUAAGAAAAAAAUAAACUUUUUUGGAAAAAAAAUAAAUUUUCAACUAGUUCUCGUGAUGAGAAACAUGAUAUAAUACAAAAAUUUAUUUUCGAAAUUUGAUUUAUCUUUUUUUUAAAUUUUUUCAUAGCUUUUUCAAAAAUCAAAUAUCCCUUUAAUCCAGGCCAUAAAUUUGCUUCCAUUUUCUCGGGCGCGCGUACCAAAUAUUUUUUGUUCGUGUUCCCAGAGAUCUACUACUUCGCACGCGGCGGUAAGCGUAGGGUCAAAGUGCACCAGUGUUCUUCCAAUUACGAAACUUCCCCUCCAAAGUCUUAUCCGCCGCUUGCCCUCCAAAAGUCUUCCUCUCUGACCGGAAGAGGGGAGAGGAGCGGAGAGGAGAAGCGGAGCGGAAAAGAAAAUUUUUGGAUCCUUCUAUCACCAAAUCGCAAUCUUCUGUGUGUCUCUCCAGGAAAUCUUUCUUCAUCGAUCCUGUCCCAACAAACAAACCAGCAGAACGGAUCCAGAUCUGCACCCAAAAGAAGCUCCCAUUUUUAGAAAUUCCACCUCGCCUUCGCCUUCCCCAAAUCUCAAAAGCCUUUCAUCGCCCAAUAGCCCAAUGCGAUAUCCCCUCAUGAUCCCCUGACCUAUGGCUUCUAAUUACUCCCCGCUCCCCAUCACUUCUUCUUCCAUCGAACUCCAAUCCCCCAACCCAAUCGCCCACCAACCCCCGACAUCCGAAAAGAUUCCCACCGUCGUAGAGUUCGUCAACGGAGAAGAAGACGGCGAUGACUUCGACGACCUCCCGCUCAUUCUCGACACCGGCCGCGCCGCCUCCGCCGGGUCCGGCAUCCCCGGCGCUGUCUUCAAUCUCGCCACGUCGAUCAUCGGCGCCGGGAUCAUGGCCCUCCCGGCCACCAUGAAGGUCCUCGGCGUCGCGGUCGGCUUUGUCUCGCUAAUUUUGAUCGGGAUCCUGUCAGAGAUCAGCAUCGAGCUUCUCGUCCGCUUCUCGGCCCACUGCAAGGCCUCCUCCUAUGGCGAUGUCGUCCAAGCGGCCCUCGGCCGCCCCUCCCGGAUUGCCUCCGAGCUCUGCAUAAUCGUCAACAAUGCCGGGUUUCUUGUCGUGUAUCUGAUCAUCUUAGGGGAUGUGAUGUCGGGCUCCUCCGACCAUGUCGGCGUCUUCGACCAAUUGCUUGGGAAUGGACCCUGGGAUCACCGGAAGCUCGUGAUCCUUGCAGUGUUGGUAAUCUUUUUGGCUCCUCUCUGUGCUCUUGAGAAGAUCGAUUCUUUGAGCUUGACCUCGGGCGCCUCUGUUGCUCUCGCCAUCGUCUUCGUCGUCGUGUCGGGUAUAAUUGCCGUUGUUCAGCUAUUCCAAGGCCGUAUCAAGAUGCCGAGGAUGGGGCCGGAUUUCGGGUCGAAAGCUGCCAUCUUGGACUUGCUGGUGGUCAUUCCGAUCAUGACGAAUGCCUACGUUUGCCACUUCAAUCUGCAGCCCAUCUACAAUGAGCUCAAGGAGAAGACACCCCAGAAGAUGAACAGGGUGGGGAGGAUCACGACAGUUUUAUGCGUUUCGGUCUACGCUUCGACAGCCAUUUCGGGCUAUCUCUUGUUUGGAGACGAUACUGAAUCGGAUGUGCUGACAAAUUUUGACAAGGAUCUCGGGAUCAAGUUCGGUUCAGUUCUGAACUUUGUGGUGAGGAUUGGGUAUGUUCUUCACCUGUUGCUUGUUUUCCCUGUCAUUCAUUUUUCUCUGAGGCAAACGGUGGAUGCAUUGGUCUUCUCGGGAUCGGCUACUGAAAGUAGGAAGAAGAUGCUGGCUUUGACUGCAGUAUUGUUGGGGAUUAUAUAUCUUGGUUCUACCACUAUACCCAAUAUCUGGGUGGCUUUCAAGUUUACAGGUGCGACAACUGGGCCCUUGCUGGGGUUUAUAUUCCCAUGUCUUAUUGCUUUAAGAUUAGAUAAGCAAGGGAAGAAUUUAGGACUAGGAGAAAAGUUCUUAUCAUGGAUGAUGUUAGUUUGGGCAGUAGUUCUUAGCAUUGUUGGAGUAAUUGGCAAUAUCUAUAGCCUCAGAAGCGGAUCAGAAUAGUCUAUAUAUAUAUAUAUAUAUAUAUAUAUAUAUAUAUAUAUAUAUAUAUAUAUAUAUAGGCUUUACAAGUAGGUGCACUAUAUGAAAAUUUGUUCAAAUUGUUUGGAUGUGCUGUGAUUGGUAACCCUCUUUUUGGGUGCUCAAGUAUUUGAAACAACAAUUUUUAUUAUUAUUUCUGAAAAUGAUAUACUGAUUACUUUUGAGUGGUGUUUCCUCAUGCAUCUUUGCCUCGAGAAGCAAAGUAUAACAGCUACCAUGGAAUUGGAUAUCAGGGAAUAGCUUGAAGAGACAUGCAGUAUUAGAUUUAGGUGAUAUUACCUUUCAAACUGAGGAAUUCAUACACAUGUGUAACUUCUUUUGAUGUUCUUCUUGAGUUCAAUAUUCAUCAGCAAAGAUUUGGAGUAGCAGUCGAAAGUGGUGUUGCCCUGUUGUCGAGCAGACAUGCUUCUAGAAUGGAUUGGGGCAUGUGCAUGUCCGAUGGAGGAAUCUAGACACUGAUAUAUUGGUUAGGCAUUAUAUUUGUCUGGCAUCAUGGUCAUCACAGUAAGUCGCAGGCUUCGGUAACGUUUUUGUAUUGUAUUGAUACAAAUGCUUUUACUGAAUAAGAACUUUCCACAUCUGUCAGCUGAUUGCAUCAUUCAGUCUUUACGAGUUUAUCUGUUUCUUAUUUUGUAAGCUCUUUUUUUUUCCAGAAAAUUGUGUUGUAAUCCCUCUGCUUAAGCCAAUUUCAUGCUUCAAAUCCAAGCACGAACUUUUAUUCAACUUAUUAAUGCAAAAGCUUCAUGUGUUCUUUAUUUGCAAUGA